CAAAGACCAUAGAGAAAAUGAGUGUUCGCUUUUAUUACGAAGAUGGACAAGGAAAAGUGUUUUAAUGAGCAGGAAGAUAAUGCUAUGAAGUGGGAAGACAAUGUAAUUCAGUUUCAGUUAACCACCUUAGCUCGUAUUAGACAGUAUUGCGAAGUACAAGGAAGUGAGCAGGAGCCUGACGUGGAGUUGGAUGCGAUGAUGGGGGAUGUUGCAAGAACUGUUAAGAUGCAAGCCAAGAGAUACAACAAGUACUCUAACGAGCAUAAGUUUCUGUUUGUGUAUAUGAACAAAGUGAAGCUCUUUAAUGCUGCGAAGUCUGGCCGCUUAGCAAGCGGUAUUGCUGAGCGUACUGCUUUAAAAGUGGGCUAAAAGACUCAAAGAAGACAAAGACUGGAAUAUUUUCGAGAAACAGACGAACAAGGUUAUUAGGCCAAAGCCCAGAUAGGACAGGAG